CCCUUAAAUCAGCUGUGUCCUCCAGAUGAUGACGUCAUGUCUUUGGGAGCUUCUGAUUGGUUAGAAAUUCUCCAGUGGUCCAUAUUUUAUUUUGAAGGGCUGGAGUGUGGUUACCAGCACUGUGAAGAAGAACGAAUACAGAGUAAAUUAGGAGUGUGAUUAUUAAACGAUGGACGGAAAGACAGUGAACCCAGUAGUUAUAUUAACCCUACCAGAACCUUCUGAAUUUACCAGAACCUCCAGAUUUUACCAGAACCUUCUGAAUUUACCAGAACCUCCAGAUUUUACCAGAACCUUCUGAAUUUACCAGAACCUCCAGAUUUUACCAGAACCUUCUGAAUUUACCAGAACCUCCAGAUUUUACCAGAACUUUCAGAUUUUUACCAGAACCACCAGAAUCUAGAUGGCCGUCAGUUCAGAUCCAGAUCCGAGGCGUAGACGUCUCCAGAACCUCUCUAGGUUCUACUGACACACUCCUGUUUCUGAUGACACCUUAAAAGCACCGGAUCAGAACCCAGUCAGCCGGUUCUGUUUUUCUGGGACAAAGGGUGAAGCUCAAUCGGAAUAAAACAGAAACCUCCUGCAUCCACCUGAUCCUCAUGGACCAGAUCAGCACAGAAACUGAGAAUGAGGCCCGCCUGUGUGUCUACAGAACCGCCGUGAAGCUCCAGUCUCUGCAGAGACUCUGCCACCUGGACCUGGUCUUCAUUCAACACAUCUCAGCGGCCUUCCAGCUGGGGGGCGGAGCCAGCUCCGUACCGGACGCCAUGAUGAACAGGGAGGAAGUGGCCGCCGUUCUCAGCAGGACGUUUGGCGGCGUGUCGCAGGAACUGGCGGGUCAUGUGACCGCAGCGGCCUGUGAGGAGACCGGCGCCCUGGUGUUCAGGCUGUUUGAGCGUGACCGGACCGGGCGAGUGUCGGCCCGAUCUCUGCAGACGGUUCUGGUCGCUCUGUCUGCGGACCCCGUGCUGGGCAAGUACAGAAGCUUCGUUGGGCUGGCAGCAGACGGCUCAGGUUCCGUCACCAGGUCUGGGCUCAGGUCUCUGCUGCAGGACCUCAGUAAGGUUCCCACGGCGGUUCAGGAGGAGGAGGACGUGUUCGGAGGCGUGGAGGCAGCAGUGAGUUCGUGCUUCAGUCAGGGAAGGGCUGCUGCUGUGAGCGAAUUACACCUGUUGUCAUGGCUAACGAGCGAGCCCCGUCUGCUGCUAUGGUUACCUACUCUCUACAGACUGUCUGUCAGUCACAAGGUCAGCCACGCUGUGCGCUGCCACACCUGUAAGACCUUCCCCAUCACCGGCCUCAGGUAUCGGUGCAAAGCCUGCGUGAACGUCCACAUGUGUCAGAACUGUUUCCUGAACGGCCAGCAGACGAGGAAGCACAAAGCACACCAUCCAAUGGUCGAGUUCUGCACUCAGCCCACCUGGCGAGAGUCUCUGUCCUCCUUUGUGCUCGUUGCUCGUCAUGCCCUGUUACCACGACGAUACACUCAGAGAAAUGCCCAUAGGAGGAUUGUCCGGAAGUGGGCGGAGCCAGGAGAGACUCCGGACAGAGCUCCGCCCUCUUCUGACGCCUCGAUGCUAUUGGCUGCCUCGGCUCCCACUUCCUCCUCUGACGCUGAAGUUCUCCAUGACGCCUCGGUGCAGGCGUCUCCUCCUCCGUCUUCCUCAAAGUGUCUGCAGACGGAGGAGGAGCUGCCCAGUCAGCAGGGGGCGGCUCUGCUGACAGAGAUCAGGAACCUGCAGAGAGACAAGUGGCUGCUGGAGUCGCAGCUGGGGGCGUGGCGCCUCACCGUCCAAUCAGAGCAGGGCAUCCUGGAGGACAGGUGCGCCGAGAUGGAGGUUACCAUGGAAACCAUGAGGCAGCAGAACGACCGCCUGCAGGACACGCUCACACAGGCUCUGAGAAAGAUGGAGGCUAAACACGCCAACCACACGCCUCAGAGCUGCAACACGGACCAAGAUGGAGGAGGCGUCACGCCAAAGAUGGAGGCUAAACACGCCAGCCACACGCCUCAGAGCUGCAACACGGACCAAGAUGGAGGAAGCGUCACGCCAAAGAUGGAGGCUAAACACGCCAACAACACGCCUCAGAGCUGCAACACGGACCAAGAUGGAGGAAGCGUCACGCCAUCCUCUGACUCUCUGAGCGACGCCGAGGAGGAGCUGAUGGAGGACGACUGCAGCCUGAAGGGACUUCAGACUCCAUCUCCCACAAUCCUACAGGAGCCAACUCCGUCACAUGACGACCGGUCCCGUCUGCUGAUUGGACAACAGGGCGAGCCAGAGGGGGCGGGGCUACAGACAGACGUUACCUGUCCAUCUGGUGGAGAGGACCGUGGGAUGUGUAGUCCUGAAGACCUGCUGCAGCAGACUGUGGACAGACUGAAGAUGGAGAUGGACAGGAGGACGGAGAGAGAGACAGGUGUGCGAGGAGAGGCGGAGCUUCUGGAGGCAGCAGAGCAGGUGGGGGACUCCGUCCGCUGUCUGGUGGACGCCGUGAGGACGCCAUGAGGACGGCGUGAGGACGGCGUGAGGAGGGCGUGAGGACGGCGUGAGGACGCCAUGAGGACGGCGUGAGGAGGGCGUGAGGACGGCGUGAGGACGCCAUGAGGACGGCGUGAGGACGGCAUGAGGACGGACUGAGGACAGCGUGAGGACGCCAUGAGGAUGGCGUGAGGACGGCAUGAGGACAGACUGAGGACAGCGUGAGGACGGCGUGAGGACGGCGUGAGGACAGACUGAGGACGGUGUGAGGACAGACUGACCAGGGCCCGUUUAUAAAACUCUUUAUUUAACACAAAUAUUCAAACACGGAGGUAAA